GUAUUUAGUAUAUCAUUUAAUGGUGGAGUGUUACAGCAUGUGUUUCCAGUUUGUGGAACGCCAAUGAUUUGUAACAGUGUUUACAUAUUUUGGUAUGUAAGGCAUUCGUGAAAAAAUCAAAAAUCAUCCCAACACAAAAAAAUAAAAAAAAUCGAGUUGAUUCAACGAAGUAAAUAGUGCCGCCAAAGCAAUUUUAAAUUGGCAGACAGAGAAGUAAUGAAAAUCGUCUACCAUACUGCUGUAUGAUAUCAUGUGGUAGUAUAUAGAGGCUUAGAUCAGUUGUCUUCUGGACCUUUGUCAAUACUUUUCCAAGCAUCUAUGGUUGAUGACAGGACACAAGGUAUUAAAAACAACUUCCUUUUUAUCAUGUGGUACUAGUAUUUAACCAUUCUUGCUAACAUAUGCUGCAUCUAGAUGGAACUCUGGGAAAAGGGAAUGGAGAUGGUUUUGCACAUUUGGGAAGGCCAGAUGACAUUGAUGUCUCCAUUGAAUUAAGAGACUGGUUGUUUGCUUUGGAGGGCAGGGAAGGUGUGACAGAAAGGUGUUGGAAUAAUGUUAAUGAGGAUAUUGGUAGAGAAGAAAGGUGUUGGCACACAAAUUUCCACACUUUCCAAGUAAUAGCCAAGAGUACACCAAAGCUUGUGGAUCCAAAUCAGAAAGCAAUUAUGAUGCUCACAGAUAUCCUGUAGACUCAGUUAAUGUAAGUAUCUGUAAACCUUAUAUUUUUCCACUGCUCAAUCCCAUUCCUGAACUUUCUGAGAUUAAAUGAUAGUCAAAUCAUCUUGAGGGCUGCCUUUAUCAUCCUGAUUUCUUGUAGACUCAGUUAAUGUAAGGUAUUAUGUAGACUCAGUUAAUGUAAGUAUCUGUUCACCUUAUAUUUUCAACAGCUCAAUUCCAUUCAUGAGCUUUCUGAAAUUAAAUGAUAGUCAAAUCAUCUUUGAGGGUUGCCUUUAUCUUCCUGGUGUCUUACAAAAUAAAAUUCUUGAAUGCAAUAAUAACUGUGGACCUUUAGGUGUUACUGAGCUUUUUUUUUAAUUUUAUUUGGGAAAUGUAUUAUAGGUCAUUAUCUGCCUGGAGGAGUAAACAUUGAAGCUAACAUUGUGGCAUCUGAAGACAAAUCUGGUCAUGAUGACACGUUAAACUGGGUGGCAGAAAGUCUGAAAUUCUCUGUUAAACAACCUGUAAGUGAAACUAGAGAGCUUGCAGAGCUUCACUUAAAGCGGGAAAAUUUUGUAUUUUUAAUACGCCCAGAACCUAUAUAUGUGUAUGCAUUUGAGCUACGCCCAAAAGUUUUGAUAUUUACAAGAAAAGCUCUGUUUUUUGUCUGUGUACUUUCUUCAUGAUUGAUUUCAAACUCUACGAAUGUGGGGGGACAGUUGAUAAAGGGGAUAGCUUUUCGUGUGAUUUAGAUCCAAUCUCUGUUUGUGGAUAAUGAUGAGUACUUGUGUGGAGAAUCUCAUUGUUUCGAAACCAUACUUAUUAGACCCUUCCUUGUACCUCAAGGCUCUCAAAUUAUGCAGCUACCAAACCCUCGAGAAACAGUUUGUGUUGAUCCAUGGGAACUCUGUCACAAAUGGGUUCAUCUCGAAUCUCCACUUGAACAACAGCUUGGUGAACUUAUACGCAAGACACGGAGAUAUGAAACACGCGCGCAAACUGUUCGAUAGAAUGCCUGAAAGAGAUGUUGUUUCUUGGACAGCUAUGAUCUCGGGGUAUUCUGGAUGCGGGUAUCACCGGAGCGCGUUUCUGUUGUUUAAACAGAUGCGGCGGGAGCCUGUUAGAGCUAAUGACUUCACUUAUGGGAGUGUUUUGAAGUCAUGCAAAGGUUUGGGAUGUUUGAAAGAAGGGAUGCAGGUACAUGGGUGUGUGGAGAAAGGGAGAUUUGUAGAGAACUUGGUUGUGAGGAGUGCGUUGCUUUGUCUUUAUGCUAAGUGUGGUAAGAUGGAGGAUGCUCGUCUUCUGUUUGAGUCAAUGAAAGAAAGAGAUUUGGUUUCUUGGAAUAUAAUCAUCCAUGGGUAUACUGCUUCUGCUGCAGAUACUUCGUUUGGUCUGUUUCAGCUGAUGCUCGCGGAAGGGAAGAAGCCAGAUUGUUAUACCUUUGGGAGCCUCUUGAGAGCUUCUAUCCAAGUUAACUGUCUUGAAAUGGUCAGUGAAUUGCACGGGUUUGCCAUCAAGCUUGGCUUCAAGAGAUCAGAUGUUGCACUGGUCAGGUCUCUGAUCGUUGCGUAUGCCAAGUGUGGUAGCCUUGGCAAUGCUUUGAAACUGUACGACCGCACGAUGAAAGGAGACUUGAUAUCUUGCACUGCUAUAAUCACAGGUCUUGCACAGCAGAACAACUUCACAAGUGAUGCUUUUGAUAUCUUCAAAGAGAUGAUACUGAUGAAAACUCAGAUGGAUGAGGUUGUAGUAUCCUCAAUGCUUAAAAUAUGCACCACCAUUGCAUCCAUAUCCAUCGGAAGACAGAUCCACUGCUUCGCCUUAAAAUCCUCCCAAAUCAGAUUUGAUGUUGCUUUGCGUAACUCUCUGAUAGAUAUGUAUGCAAAGUCUGGGGAGAUUGAGGAUGCAGUCCUUGCUUUCGAAGAGAUGGAAGAGAAAGAUGUGAGAUCAUGGACCUCUUUGAUUUCAGGAUACGGAAGACAUGGAGAUAUAGAGAAAGCAAUAAGUCUUUAUAACAGAAUGGAGCAGGAAGGGAUCAAACCGAACGACGUCACAUUUCUUGCUCUCCUCUCUGCUUGUAGCCAUACAGGAGAGACCGAGAUUGGGUGGAAGAUUUUAAACACAAUGAUCAACAAGUACGGUAUCAAAGUUCGAGAAGAGCAUUUAUCUUGCAUGGUAGAUAUGCUUGCACGCGGUGGAAACUUGGAAGAUGCUUAUGAACUGAUAAGAAGUGAAAAUAGCAUCACGAGUCUGAGCUCAUCAACAUGUGGAGCUUUUCUUGAUGCGUGCAGGAGACAUGGGGAUGUGCAACUCAGCCAAGUAGCAGCAGCGCAGCUUCUGAGUAUGGAACCGAAGAAACCAGUCAAUUAUAUUAACCUGGCAAGCGUAUAUGCAUCUAAUGAAGAUUGGGACAAUGCUUUGAAGACUAGGAAGCUUAUGAAAGAGACUGGUUCUUGCAAUAAAUCUCCUGGAUACAGCAUUGUGUAUUGAACAGAAGGCUAUAAGACAACAAUCUCAAUAGAGGUUUUAAAGACAAUGUAGUACAAAUGUUUUAACACUGAAGUGAAGUUGAUGAGGCUAUAAAUAUCUUAAGGUUUCAGGGAGUCGCAA